GGACUCGGAAAGGGUGGCGCCAAGCGUCAUCGUAAAAUCCUUCGCGACAACAUCCAGGGUAUCACAAAGCCCGCCAUUCGCCGUCUCGCCCGCCGUGGCGGUGUGAAGCGUAUCUCAGGUCUCAUCUACGAGGAGACGCGUGGUGUUCUCAAAAUCUUCCUUGAGAAUGUUAUCCGUGACUCAGUAACUUACACGGAGCACGCCAAGCGGAAGACCGUUACCGCACUCGACGUCGUCUAUGCUUUGAAGCGCUCAGGGCGGACGCUGUACGGUUUCGGUGCAUGA